AAAGUGAAUCACACCCUUUCACACACACCACUGAACUUUGUUCACAACAAUGAACUUCAAGAGCUGUCCUGGUAGCUUGAACAGAUAGGAGCAUUUUUUUUUUUGGUUUUCAUUCCAGCUAACAAAGUGGUGGUUGGUACCUUUAGAACCGGACUUGAUUGGUGACUGAAGUGUUGUUUACCUAUCACUGCCUUAAAAUCACAAACCAGGUGAACCGUGCCUGACUCACAUGAGCACAGUUUUAAAAGUCAUCAGGUUUCAGUGAGCUCAGUGUGCAGUGACUUCAAGGCUCCUGCAGCUAAUACAAGUUUUCCCAAGUCAAGGGAAUGAAGAUGCGAGGCAAGGUGCUCUUUGUGUUUCUUCUGCAAAGCCUUUUUCUGACAACGGUGUCUCCAGAACCCUCCUCUGAGGAAGACAGCAGCAGUGAGAUCCACCACGAAGAGCAACGCAAAAGUGGAUCCCAUGGACACUGGAAAUACGAUGAUCAGGACACAUGGUCCUUAGACUUUAAAAACUGCAGUGGAAAAUCUCAGUCCCCCAUCAACAUUGACACCAGAGCAGCCAUAUUCACCCCAGCACUGCCUCCGAUUGUUCUGCAAGGAUAUGAUCUGUCAGAUGAAGAGAAACUGACUUUGCAAAACAACGGGCACACCUUGCAGUUGAGUCUGCCUGACACCAUGCGCAUUGUCAGGGGAUUCGACAACGUGUUUGUAGCCGCCCAGCUCCACUUCCACUGGGGCACCGUAAAGGUUCCAGGAUCAGAACACACUGUCGAUGGGCUCCACUUUCCUGCAGAGAUCCACGUGGUUCACUACAAUACUAAAUAUGACAGUUUGUCAGAAGCAGCUAGCAAACCCGAUGGCUUAGCUGUGCUUGGUGCUUUCAUAGAGAUUGGUCCACAAGAAAAUGCCAACUAUGAUAACAUCCUUUCAUCUUUGACUGAUGUCAGUAUUGAAGAAUCGGAUACAGAGAUUCCUGGCUUUAAUGUUAGGUUUCUGUUGCCACCCAAUCUGGACCACUUUUACCGCUACAAUGGGUCGCUCACCACUCCUCCGUGUUUUCAGACUGUUAAUUGGACUAUUUUUAAUGAAACCGUCAAAGUUUCAAGAAAACAGCUUUCAGAACUUGAGGACACACUGAAAGCCGGACAUGACACAGUACUAUCCAAGAACUUCAGAGCCUCCCAGUUACUGUAUGGGAGGAGAGUUCUGUCUUCCUUUGAGGCACUCAGCAGUCCUGGAGGGGUGAGCAGUGGGGGUACUGAAGACACUUCAAGUGGAAAAUCCUCAAAGCGAGGUGCCAGACUGGGAUCAGGUGAAGAUUCAUCUGAAAAAGACUUGACAGAUAAAGAUGAGGAAGAUGCAAAGUUUGCCUUGGGCCUAGGCGAGAUAUUAGCUAUUGUCUUCGGGGUUCUUUUUAUAGUGACAUUAUUAUCUUUUAUGAUGUACAUGGUUCAACAGCGAAAGAAAAACUCAAGAUUGAGAAAGGAUACCAGGCAGAAUGUUAUCUACACACCUGCAUCCAAGGAAGGGGUAUAACCUGAAGGAACCCAGUUUAAUAUUCAAUUCAUGUAUUUUGUGAUAAAUGUACAGUAGAUAAAGUAUGUGCCUGUAACGAUAAUGCAUUCAGUUUUACAUUCAGAAAAUCCACAAAUGAGGUCUAAAAGAUAGUCCAAAAUGUAACAACACUUUUCCCCAUAUAAACGUUAAUUCAAAAUCCACAUCCUAGACAAAAGAAAAAUAAACAGGGGAGUAAAACGUCAGUCAGUAGUUUAGGAGCCGAUGACUUUUUUUCAACUACAGAUCAAUCAAGCAAAACUAGUUUCAGCUUGUGGUCAUCUCUAAUUCUUCCACACAGCAAACAAACCCCCCUUUGUGGAAUCUUUGAAUGAUACUUAAUUCUGAUACUGAAGGAAUGUACCAUUUAUAUACUGCAGAUUGCAAUACCACUGAGAGAGAUGAUUGCAGAUUUUGUUUUGUAGUUUAAUUCAUACAAUAUAUUUUAUUUAUAUGUAUUUUUUACUGUACCAUAAUACUAUAUUUGUGAAUGGUGUCAGUCACAUAAUGUAAUGACUUUGUAUCUUUCGGAUGUAUAAAAACACUGAUAAUGUGUAAUACUGUGAAAUGUGUGUGUCCUGUUUAGUGAUGUAGUUGAGACCUAAUUUAAUAGGCAAGCUAAGUCACAUGACUCACAACUGUCUGAUUCAGUCAGUCGUCCUCAUGACGCAAUGAAAAGAGCAUUAGGAACUUCUUCUAUUACAGACUACUUCAUUAAGAAGGCUACAAAUGCAAGUGAAGACGACAGCAGCAGUGCAUCGACUUUGACUGUGGACACAAACACAAACAAAGCUACUUAAUCACUGACACGUAAAGCAUUCUGACAAGCGAAAGAAAGACACUUUGUGGAAAUACUCAUAAAAAUUAGAUAGCAUUACCUAUUAUAUGUAUUACUAGAAGUUCAGUAUACAAAUAAAAUGUGAAUUUGUAUAAUAAUUCUUGUUUAAGAAAAUCAAUGUUUUGGGGGGCUCCCGAGUGGCGCAUCUGGUAAAGGAGCUCCGUGUGGAGUGCAGGAUGCGCCCUAUAGUCUGGAUGUUGCCGUAGUCCAGGCUAUUCUAUUGCUGACCGUAGACGGGAGCUCCCAGGGGGUGGCGCACAAUUGACCAAGCACUGCCCGGGGAGGGAGGGUUAGGUCAGCCAGGGUGUCCUCGGCUCACCGUGCACCAGCGACCCCUGUAGUCUGGCCGGGCGCCUGCAGGAUUGCCUGUAAGAUACCCAGAGCUGCGUUGUCCUCCGACGCUGUAGCUCUGAGGUGGCUGCAUGGUGAGUCUACAAUGUGAAAAAAAGCAGCUGGCUGACGGCACAUGCUUCGGAGGACAGCGUGUGUUUGUCUGCCGCUCCCGAGUCAGCAUGGGGGUGUAGGCGUGAGCUGAGCCUAAAAAGAAUUGGAUAUGCCUAAUUGGGAGAAAAUAAUAAAAAAAUGGGCUAUUACUAAAUUUAAAGGACUAUACCACUGGUCCUGUUUACUUAUUUGGCAACUCCAUGACACAAUAGGUUCUAUAUUAAUUAUCUAAACAGUGCCAGACUCAAACACAGCCAUCCAUUAACUUUGUUAAUCCUGCUGGUGUUUUCCCCCAGACAAGAGGUCUGUCACGAAGAGGUCUGUCACGAACCGUGACCUAGAUGAAGAAAUAAGUAUGAACGGCUCUUUUCGAUGUCAUAAUGUUUGGACCUCCGACCUUACUGUCUUUGAACUAGAACAUCUGUUCGGAGAGGAAAGGACAGAUUGCAGGUGGCAAGUGAUGAAAAAAUAGAACAUAUUUCAAAGCUAGAACUUUCUAUGGAAAGAGGGAGAGAAGGAAUGUGGUCAGAACAAGUUAUGUAGAGUGCACCAGACCACAUCCCAUGUUAGCUCAAGUUCAUUUACACAUUUUGAAUCAGCAAUUUGAAAGAAGUGAGUGCACCAACAACGGUCCAUAUUAAGCAGAGCACAUUAAAAUUGGUUCAAUAUCAGAAUUUGAGUCAGCAUUUAGAAAGAGGAACUUAGACAUGAAUAUAAGCAGGGAUUAAAUGAUAGCAAAACAGAUUCUAAAAGUAACCAUUAAAACAGUUUAUUUUAGUAUAAUUCGCAUGCUGUAUUUACUCUACCAGUGUCCCAGAGUCAAAGAAACAAACUAAAAACCUUGAGUAAUUGUAUUUUGUUCCUUUUCUCUUUUCCAGAUGCAAAGUUUGCCUUGGGCCUAGGUAACUAUCUUUGUACUGCAUUACUUGGGUGAAAGAAAGGGGGACAUGGGGUUCAACACAUCCCAGUAAUCUUUGGAGACCCCACAGCAAAACACAGAACACAGUCAUCCAAUACGGGACUUUUUUAAUGUUCAAACACUGAUCUUAAUAUUGCCAUGCUUCUGGUACCAUUCUGAAUGGCUGCUAACUGAGUAUUUCUGACUAACUACAUCUACUGCAAAAUAAACAAAUCAUAUACUCACUCUGCAGUCCAGAAACUGGGUGAAACCUGAUAAGGAGCUCCUUCCUGAAGUCAUGAGAAACUGAAGGAGAAUAAUAAUAAUUAUGGGAGAAUAAUAAUAAAGCUUUUUUUUUACUUGA